AUGAGCAGAUCUUUCUUCGAGGACUCGAUGAACCAACCGCACGCAGUUCUGGGGACUCCAUUGCCGCCAGCCCAACAAAGUUCAGGGCUAUUCCAGGUACUAGCUCCCUCACCUCCCGUGCGGCAGACAACCCAUCCGAUCGUCUCACUGUCUGAUGCAGCCACCACCCAAAGCAGUGCAGCCAGUAUGGAUUACACUUACUUGGCAACUAGAUACCACAAGGGUGGGAAAGACUCACAAGAUAACCCUUCCACGGCUGAGGCGAGGGUCAAGCUGGCCGCUAUCCAGCGCGACCAUCGUUCACGACGCCGUGCAGGGGAAACGGUACCACUGACGCCCACAAUAUCCCAGCUGCGCUACUUUCAGGGCUCGGAAGUUGCUGGAGAAGACGCGCGGGCGGGUGGGUUUCGUGGUGUUGGUAUGGUGUCUAAGGAGGGAGACGACAGGGGCCAAUUCUCAGAAUCCGAUAUUGACGCUGAGGACUAUGCCAACGUACUGCUUUCACCCGCUCGACCACGCAGGUAUCUCGAGCAAUUGGGGAUCGAGCCGGACUCUGAACCAGGUGAGGAAGACGAGGACGGUGACAAGGACAAUGAUCCUGUGGAUGGAAGCCCUCUUGGCCGUCAGCUGCUGCAGCCGUCCGCACAGCCAAGGCGUGGUCGCCGAGGUCCCGCCCCAGGUACAGGAGGUCGGCCAAGAAGGUCUCGGAGAGUAACACGAUCGUCGAGAUCGUCGAGAUCGUCGAGACUGCAACGACGGCUUCGGAGUCCAGUGAUGAUUCCACCGGAAGAAUUGGCACUCUUCCAUGCACAAGAUCCGGUGUGGAAUGGCGAUAUCGACGUUUGCGCCUUGACAGACCGCGAUAAGACCACCCUGCGCGAGUUCUGGACUAAACUUGACAAUGACCAGAUGGAAUACUGCAGCCGAUGCCGCGAGUGUUGGUUUCAGAUGGAAAUUGAUUAUGACGGCAUCUGCUCGCGUUGCUAUCGAAAGGAUGAGAAGCGUGGCCCGGACGAGCCUUAUUUCUUCUCUGCCGAAAAUCAACUUGACUUUGGCCCCGUACCGGCCCGAUUGCCUGAGCACACGCCUACGGAAGAGUCAUUGAUUGCUCGCGUCCACGUCCAUGUGAACAUCAUGUUGGUGCGAGGGCAGCAGUACAAGUAUCGGGGGCAUGUCGUUCACUUUCUUCGCGAAGUUGGCUUAGUGUACAACCAGCUCCCGCUUUUGCCACGGGAGUUGAACACGGUGUUGCUGCGUCCUGCCAACACGUCAUCACACGCCAAUCUCAGCCGGCAGUUUACCCGCCAGUUUCGUGUGCGCCGUCAAGCGGUUAUGAUAUGGCUUGACUACCUCCGUCAUCACUAUCCUGGCUAUCGAUGUAUCGUCAUCGACGACGAGCGACUGAGCCAACUGCCCGAGGACGGCAAUGUGGAGGACGCAAUCCCCCAAAGUCAAGUGGAGGCUGCCGACGUGGGACCGGAGGAAGAUCAGGAGGCAGAGCCUGAGCUAGAGGACGCGGCUGCGGUGCCUGAUCUGUUGGCCAAGGACACGGAGCUCGAUGCUCUGCGGUCUAUUGUUGCGGGCGAGCCAGAAGCGAAUGCAAGGCCUCCUCUCGCCACAGGCCCCCAGGGGCAGGCGCAACACGAGCUGCGGUUCCCGAAUAUACGGCACGCGCCGAUCAAUGAGUUCAACCGCUCUCAUGCCCUGCUCUCCUUAGCAUUCCCCUGCCUCUUUCCAGAUGGCAGAGCCGACUUUGUGAGCCUCGCUUGCGGUCGAUUGGAGUACAAGGAUUACAUCGAGCACGCCAUGCGGUGGCACGACGGGCGUUUUGCUCGCCACCCGACCUUCCGUUUUGUCGCAUUCAACACCCUGAUGCGGUCCCAAGCACGUGCGCGGUCCAAAUUCUUCGUGAAGCAACACGAUGGCACUCGUGAACCGCUCACCCGAGAGCAGCUUAUUCAGGCACUCGAACACAGCGAGGAUCCCGAGACGCAGGCGCUGGUCAACUCGAUCACUAGGCAUGCAGUGUCGAUUCGCGGUACGCGGCCUUUUUGGAACAGAAAGAGGCAGGACCUCGAGUUAUUGCGGCAGAACCCUCACAUUGCUGCUUUCCACUUCUACCGCCGAUACUGCUUCUUUCGAGAUAUCGUGUUGCGGAAGAAGUUCAACGUCACGGAUUACUGGGAUCGGUAUGAAUGGCAAGGGCGCGGCAGUCCUCACAACCACGGCCUGUACUGGAUGAAGGAGAGCCCGGCCGCCGACAUGGAGGACGAAGCUGCUCGUGACAUAUUCGCACGCACGUGGGGCUUCCAUAUCACGGCCGUGAACCCUGAGCCCCGUAGGACUGUGCCCCAGGGGGAGGGUAAUCCGCUGAGCGUAGAUCCACUGGGCGUGGAGAUGACAUUCCUGCGGCUCUCGCAAAUUGUCAACCGCUGCCAGCGCCACAGAUGCAAUACCACGUAUUGUCUGCGUGUCAGAAAAGGAAGCGGUGACGUGACGAAUCCGGAAAGGGAGUGUCGUUUUGACUUUCCCUGUGCCUUGCGGGAGCUAGCCGCGGUCAUCAGGAAGGAAGGCAAGUCGUACUACAUCUUCGAGGCGGCCCGCAACGACAACCUCAUCAACCACUUCAAUCCUGCCAUCAUUCUGGGAUGGCUAGCCAACAUUGACAUAUCUCCAUGCACCAGUUUACAAGCAGUCAUUACAUAUGCUGCCAAGUAUUGCAGCAAAUCGGAGAAGAAGACUGAGCCUUAUUGUAAGCUUGCAGACCAAGUUUUGCCGCACACGGCACACCUGCAACCCCUAUUGUCCUUCUCCUCUCGUCUUAUGAAUAAGCUGAUUGCCGAGAGGGAUUAUUCAGCGCAGGAGAUUUCCCACUUGCUGCUCAACAUCCCUCUGCAGGAAGGGACUCGGAUGGUUGUGUACGUCGAUUGCCGCCCGUUGGAACAGCAUGUGCGGUCGUACCGCGUCGAUGAUGAUUCGUACAAUCUCAAGACGUGGAGGAGACUCGGUGCGAAUGCGAAGAAGAGGGUUCUGUCCUACUUUCCUCGGUACAGGCCCGUGGAAGCCUCAACCCAGUUUCACGAUUUCUGCCGCGUCAAGCUGAUGAUGGCCCAUCCGCAUCGCUCCCCGGAGGAGUUGCUUGCUGUGGACGGGCAGUGGUUCGAGUCCUUUGUUGCAGCGUAUCAGUGCUGCCGCCAGCGACACCAUUUCCAUGAGGACGACCAUUACGGUGAGGUGGGAACAAGCGAGCUCCAAGCGGAGGACGAUGAGUUUGAGCAGGAGGUGCAUGACGAGCCCGUCACAGAGGAGGAUUGGCAUGAACUCGCCCGCAUGCUGCCAGACCGGCUGCUGGAGGAAGAAGACAUCGACGUACUAGGCCGCCGAGUUAUCGACGUGAAUUAUGACUGGACUCCCCACGUUGGACGAUAUACCAACGAAGACAUUCUCCGCGGUAACUACUGGAAGCGACGUAAGCAGGAAAGCUCCUUUCCACUUGAUGUGGAGCAUCAGCCCUUAGAAGCUCGCGAUUUCCUGAAUGCUGAGCAGCGCCUAGUGUAUGACACAGUGAUGGACCACUUUCUGACCCAAGACCGUUCCCAGCUGUUACUAAAUGUGGACGGUGGCGGUGGGACGGGUAAGUCGUAUCUGAUCAACCUGCUCUCGGCGCACCUUCAGGCCGCGACAGGCGGGAGAGGGACACCUGUCUGGCGUGCCGCACCGACGGGCGUUGCAGGAAAUCAGAUAUCAGGCACCACUUUGCACUCGCUGCUUCACCUCCCGAUCAACAAGGACUUCAGGCCGCUCUCCGCCAUCGACAAGGCCCAGCUCCAGAAGAAGCUGAAGGAUAUUCAGUACCUGAUCAUUGACGAGAAAAGCAUGCUGGGAUUGCGCCAGCUAUCCUGGAUCGACGACCGCCUCCUCGAGGCAUUUCCGCAUAGGAACGAGGAGUUCUUUGGCGGACUCAAUAUCCUUUUGGUGGGCGACUUCUUCCAGCUUCCUCCUGUUCUACAGAAGCGGCUUUAUUACGACAAAGAAGUGCAGGGAGUAGAAAUCAAAGGCAGGGACGCGUAUAUGCGCUUCGAUAAAUCUAUCUUUCUGAGCGCUGUUCAGCAGCAGUGCGGCGACGAUCAGACGGCCUUUCGCAAGGCUCUCGGGGAACUUCGGCUGCUCCAACUAUCUCACGAGUCCUGGAAACCUCUCUCGGGCCGCGUGCAGGCAAAGCUAGACGAUCGGGAGGUUGCCAGGUUCGCCGAUGCCUUACGCGUCCGACCAGUCAUCCAGGUCAUCGCUACGAACGUCGGCCCCGGCGCGGCUGCUGCCCCGGACGACAAGGCCGGCAACCUUGCGAAACAGGUCCCUGUAUGCAUUGGUGCCCGUCUGAUGCUGACGUGCAACCUCUGGCAACAAGUUGGUCUCUGCAACGGCGCGCGUGGCACAGUGUACGACAUUUGCUGGGCGCCUGGGGCUGACCCCGUCCGAGACCAACCGUGUGUUAUCUUGAUGGAGUUUGACAAAUAUACCGGACCGGCAUUCCUGACCACCGCGGAUGGUAGGAAGAUUGUCCCGAUUCUGCCGGUAGACAGGGACUUCCUUAUUGGAGCCACACUCUGCACUCGCACUCAGUUUCCGCUGAUCGUAUGCUAUGCCAUUACAGUUCAUAAGUCGCAGAGCAUCACCGAAGACAAGAUUGUGACAGACCUGUCCUGCCGUGACUUUCAGACUGGUCUGAGCUAUGUGGCUGUCUCGCGUGUGAAAACGCUGCAGGGUUUGAUGCUCGAUGCCCCGUUUGACCGUAACCAUCUGGCAUACACAUUACCUCCGGAGGGCAUCAAAAUGAAAAUUAGGGACCAAUGGCUUAGGAGCUGGCAGGUUCUUACUCAGAAUCCGUAUAAGAAAGUCCACGGGGCUACGUAA